AAUUAGUGUCCAAACACGUGAGAAAUAACGCGAAAAAGUAUAAAAUUCCCAAUUUACUUAACUUUGACGCGCCGUCCUAUCUCUAACUCAAACGGUCAAAGGAUAUACAAUAGGAAGAAUAGAGAAUUAAAUUCUAAAGUAUGAAAUCACCACCAAGACCUAAAUCUACGAAAUUAUCAGAGACAUGUCCGCCUCCUCCAGAGACUAUACAUGACAAAAAGCGCGGUAAAAGCUACGAAAGACAUGGUCUAUUAGGAGAAGGUGGAUUUGCCCGCGUUUAUGAAGUUGAGGACGAGCGGGGAUACAGACUAGCCAUUAAGACGAUAUCCAAAUCUGCGCUCCAAUCGAAGAAGAAUAGAACAAAACUCUAUGCAGAAAUCAAACUUCACAAAGCACUAUCGCAUCCAAAUAUAGUAGGAUUUGAGGAAUGUUUCGAGGAUGAUGAAAACGUCUAUAUGCUGAUGGAAUUAUGCAAGUCUGGGAAUAUGAUGGAUUUGUUACGCUCGAGAAAGCGUUAUACCGCCCCGGAAACGCGUUUCUUCCUCGUGCAACUCAUAGGAGCGUGUCAAUACAUGCAUGAGCACUCGGUAAUACACCGUGAUCUCAAGCUUGGUAAUCUAUUCCUGGACGAAUUCAUGAACGUUAAGGUUGGCGAUUUUGGUUUGGCUGCUCUUAUCGAACGCGAAGGGGAGCGUAAAAAAACAAUUUGUGGUACUCCUAAUUAUAUUGCGCCUGAAGUACUCUUUGAUACUUCCAACGGACAUAGUUUUGAGGUUGACGUCUGGUCAAUUGGUGUCAUAAUGUACACGCUCCUCGUUGGCAAGCCACCCUUUCAAACGAAGGACGUAAAGGAGAUCUACAAGCGGAUAAAGGACAACUUGUACGAAUUUCCAAUCGAUGAUCCAAUCCCAACGGAAGCUGAAGAUCUCAUCUCCUGUAUUUUGACACCAGAUCCAAACGACAGACCAGCAUUGCAUGAAAUUUUAGAUCACCCAUUCUUCUACGGUAUCACACCAUCAUCGAUACCAACAACAGCCAGAAUAUCUAGACCUGAUUUCAGCUCAGUGACGAGCGCAGCAUCACGUCAGAACAUGCGUAGAUUGAGACAGCAAGUUGAACUAGACAUAUCACGACCAAUUGCCGCCAAGAAUGGCGAAGAAAGGACAGAGAGUGUCUCAGUUGCAGAACAAGAAAGGGAAUUCAACAAGGCCGUCGCCCCAUCUUCUCCUAUUUCUACACUGUUGAGUUCAGCAAGACAGCCACUUAUCGUUGCGAACAGCUUGCCAUCAUCUCAGCCAUUGUUAAGACAGGCAACUACAGCUGCACUAGCUGAGCAACAAAAGAAGCAAAAGGCAGAUAUACAAGCUGCAAAUAAAAAAUACAUCGAUAAUCUUAAAGAGUCUAACACUGACGAAGAAAAGCUCGCUGACCAGAAGCUCAGGAUUGUUAGUGGUAUGGUCAACAACGAUGAGAAAAACAAAGGGAAAUCCAAAGCGGUAGAUGAGAACAAUGAGGUUAAGCCUAAGAGAACAUCUAAAAGUAGCUGUUUUGUUGAAAUGCACCAGAAUCUCCAUAACGCGUUCUUGUCCAAGAAGGAAGCGAGAAAGUUUGAACUACCAGAAGAAUACAAAAAAAUAGACGUAGAAUCAGCGUCAAAGGUUUUCAUAGUCAGUUGGCUCGAUUACUGCAAUAAGUACGGUAUGGGUUAUGCCCUCACGGAUGGUACGGUUGGUGUCUACUUUAAUGAUUCCACAUCGAUGGUUUUAGCACCAAUAAAGACUAGGUUAGAUUAUAUAGCUUCAAAAGGUAAAUCUUCAAUGGCUAUACGUAAAAAUUAUACGGUAGAUAGUGAAGAAAACGCUUUACCGAAAGAAUUAGAAUCAAAGAUGAUGAUAUUGAGACACUUUGAGGAUUAUAUGCUCGAAAGAUUAUACGGUUCGAGGUCAUACACUUUUGUUGACGAGCAGAGGCGGAAAGGAAUGACAUUUGUGCAGAGGUAUUAUAGGAUGAAGAAUGUCAUUGUUUUCAAGCUCUCGAAUGAUGUCGUACAGUUCAACUUUUAUGAUCACACGAAGAUGAUAUUGAGUAUGGGUGGUUGUUUGAUUAGUUAUAUUGAUAAAGACUACGCCUUGUCGAGGUGGACACUUGAUGAAAUUUUUCAACAAGAUGGCGAUAAAGAGGAUAAGAAGAAAAUGGAAGGGAUAUUAGUCAAAUUGAAGUAUUGUAGAGAUGUUUUUGCUACUACCUCAGGUGCAAAAGUAUAAUAUUAAGAAAUAGUCGUUAUUGUACAUGAUAUAGUUGGAGUUUGUGUGUUUUAAGCGAUAUUGCGAAGUACAAGUAUGACGGAAUCACCGCGUAAGAACAUUUUUGAUAUGAAUCUGUCCUUGUUGAUUGGUUGCUUGCCUUUACCCUUUGGGGUUUCUGUCCACAUUUCCUUUACGUUCUCGAGUACCAUAUUAGAGUGUCUAUCAAAUGCCUUGACUCUAGCUAAUAACUUUCUAUUGUUCCUCAAACUGACGAGAAUUUGGGUGUUGUUCUUAACGGAUUGUUGUAAGACGGACAAAGGACCUUGACUGAGUUCAAAUUCCUCCAACUGUCUAAUCUGCUCUUCGUUCAACUCAGAUUUUGGUGUAUUAACGAAUUCAGACAUUUAUUCCUUCUCUCUUCUUGAUGGUCAAGAGGAAGC